AUGUCUUUAUCUGAGAUGGACCAAUUGUACCGUGCCAGGAAACUGGCUAUGGAGAAUAGUCCGGAUCAGAUGCUCCCCAAAGUUUUGGAAACGUCAGCAUCUUUGUAUAUAUCUGAGGGUACCACUCCGCAAUUGAAAUUAGAAUUGGCUCGUUUCACUCCCCAUCUGCUACUCGAUGUGAUCACUCAUGAAAACAUAGGGUCUAGCCAAAAACCAUUUAUUGCAUCUCAACAUUUGAAUUGUCUUUGGUCUGUGUGUCGCAAUGUGAAGGAUUCAAUAGCUUAUAAAUAUUCAGUCUUGGCAUUUUCUGCGUCUUAUCCUUUGCUCUUUGAAUUAGUGGCUAAGACAUCGAACCAGGAGAUGUGGGAUACCAUGCAACAGAUGAAAGCGUUCAUUUUGUCUAAAUGGAACACUACUUACCCAUUGCAGUUGAAUUCGGAUGAUAACGACCCAUUCCUUAACGAUAGAAAGAAUAUUGGUUCCAGAUUGGCUACUGCCAAAUUUUUAUCCGAGAUCAUCAUCGUUCACACCUCAAGAAACGGUAACAACAUCAAGGCUGGCCCCAUCAGCAUAUCUUCUGUUCCAGAUGGGCACCCCGUCAUUUCGAACAAGCAACAACUAGAAUCUGAAGCGAAAAAAUUCUUAGACAUCUUGCUCAAUUACUUAAUCGAAGAGCCCAUGAUGGUUAGUUCGGUGUUUAUUGGGAUUCUUAAUUGCCUUGCCUUUAUCAUGAAACAAAGAUCACAAGCUACCAUGAGGAUCCUUUCGGGCUUGCUCAAGUUCAACGUUGAUGCUAAAUAUCAGGCUGAUGAUCUUUCAGUAUUAAAUUAUCGACUGGGCAAGCGAUUUGUCGAACGUUGCUACAAAAAUUUCGUUCAGUUUGGCCUAAAAUCUCAGAUUAUCAAGAAUUCUGGUCAAAUGGCAUCUCAACACAUGAAGCUGUCAAAGAUUUCACAAACUCUACAUGUCAUUGGUGAAGAAACUAAAAGUAAAGGUAUCUUGAACUUUGACGCUGAACAAGUUGAAAAUAAGAUGGCGGCUAAAGACAAACAAAAAUAUGCCUCGUUGAGGCGGAGACAAAUGGCCAGCAAAAAUGGGCACAAUGCAUCGCCAUCGAUCACGAGUGUAAAUGUUGGCGCUACGUCGUCCACUCCACAACCGGGACAAACUCCAGUGGAUAUGAACCCCGCAGAGAAACCUUCUGAUAAUGUCACACAAUUGCUGAUGGAUCUACAACGAUACACCAUGUCCAAGAACAAUAUUGCCGUCUUUUUCAAUAACUCACCAGUGGCUAUCGACAACUCAUAUUGCGCAAUUUAUUCAUUGAUGAACAGUAAAAACUCAGAACAAGAUAUGGCAAAAUUACCUCAGGAUAUCAUGAUCAAGCUUUGCAGCGAAGCCUUUUUCAAGACAGACACUACUAAGAUGAUUUCUGGGCUAUCGAUCGUAGCUUCAAGAUAUACAGAUUUAGUGAACAAAGCAUCGCAACAACAACAACAGCAGCAGCAGCAGCAGGCCGGCAAAAAACGUAAAGUGGACCAACAUGAUGAUGGCCAAAGCUCUACAAAGAAGGUUAAGAAAGAGGAAGAAAUCGAACUGCGAGCUGCUCAAGGUGAAAACUAUGAAGACGAAGCUGAUGAGGAUGAUUAUUACGACGAAAUUAAAGACACGAACAAGAACGAUGUGGAGCUUAUUAAACCUGUUCCGAUGACUGAGGACGAGAGAAUGAAACAUCUGCAUAGAAUCGUUCAACAUAUUAUGAGUGCGAAGGACAGUGAUGAGAGCUCUGGAAUAACCACGAACAUGGGAAAGGAUCAAAACCCAUUAGAGAAAGUCAAAUUAUUGCAUUGGAACAACAAGGAGUCAUGGCUACAUAUAUUGACAAGAUUAUGCACUCGAGGCGUCAGCCAUCAGGACAAGAUGAGCGAAUUGAUAAGACAAAUUCUUUACGACUAUUUCAUGGAAGAUUUCAAUGGGCGUAUCGGAAUGGCGCUAGAGUGGCUAGGAGAAGAGUGGUACUACGAAUCACUUGCCAAAGACCUCCCUGUAAAUUACACAAAUUACGAUCAGUGGUCUAUAAAAUUCCUCGAAGGCCUAAUACCUUUCCUUGAAAACCAACAUAGAAGAAUCUUCAUUAGGCUCAUGAGCGAGCUACCCAGGAUUGAACAACAGCACAUUGAUAAAGUUAGACCAAUUUGUCUCGACCCAGCGCGAAGCUCGCUAGGUUUCCAGACUUUGAAGUUUCUCGUCAUGUUCAGGCCUCCGGUAAAGCCCUUGGUCAAGAAACUGCUGGAGCAAAUCAAGGCAGAGGAUUCGACCAUCGAGGAGCAAUGCAACUCGAUUCUUAACAAGUAUUACCAGUAG